CUCAAAACGAAGAAAAGAAAACAAACGCUUCAAAAUCUAGCUUAGCACAUGAGGAAUUAUUUUGCCUUUCGUAUGAUUUUUUGACUAUUUAGCCCAUUAUUUUUCAUAAAUUAUUAGUUAAUAUGGCUGAAUUAGAUCGACAGUUGAAUGACUUGACUAGUCAACUUCAUGAUUAUCAUGUUGAAGAACCUGGAUUGAGUUUUGUUGAACGCAAAUUGAAACUGAAUGAUGAGAAAGACGCCGAAAUUGUAGCCAAAGAGAUAGAGAAAUGUACCAACUUGACGGUGUUGAACCUGGACGGAAACACCGUUGGUGUAGACGCGGCGAAAAGAAUAGCCGAAAGUUUGAGCUCGCACGGAGAAUUCAAACGUGCUAUAUGGAAAAACAUGUUCACUGGUAGAACGAAAGAAGAAAUUCCAGAUGCACUGCGUUUUUUAGGUGACGGAGUCAUCACUGCUAAGGCUCAUUUGGUAGAGCUUGAUUUGAGUGACAAUGCUUUUGGACCUAUUGGUGUCGACGGUCUGAAAAAAUUAUUCAAAAGUUCCAGUUGUUUCACUUUGGAAAUACUGAGGUUGAAUAAUAAUGGAUUAGGAAUCACCGGUGGUAAAUAUUUAUCCGAGUCACUUAAUGAAUGUUACGAAGCCAGUGGAAAGAAAUUCGCUCUGAGAACAUUUCAGGCUGGAAGAAAUAGAUUAGAAAAUCCUGGAGCUAAAGCUUUAGCGAAAGUAUUCAAGAAAAUUGGAACUCUGGUGGAAGUUUCAAUGCCUCAAAAUGGUAUAUAUCACAAAGGAGUCAAAGCCCUGAGUGAAGCAUUCAAGAAUAAUCCGCAUUUAAAAACAAUCAAUUUGAACGACAACACUGUUCGUGCCAAAGGCGCAGCUGCGUUAGCAGAAGCUUUACCAAUUUUACAAAAUCUGGAAACGUUAAAUCUCGGAGAUUGUUUAUUAAAAACUGACGGCGCUUUAUUAAUUGCCAAAGCAUUAACAAAUAAGCAUAUAAAUUUAAAAACUUUAAUACUGGAUCAUAAUGAAAUCAAUAUUCAAGGUGGAAUGGAGUUUAGUCGAGCUAUGCAAAAUAAAACCUCUCUUUCGACGCUGAAUCUAAAUGGAAAUAAUUUCGGUGAAGAUGGUAUCGAAAAAAUUACUCAAAGUUUAACGAAGAGCGGUCGAGGUGAUGCCUUGCAAUCGUUUAGUGACGACGAAGGUAGCGAGGAAGAAAAUGACGAAGAGAGUCCUGGUGACAACGAAAGCUCUAAUGAUUCGUGCGAGGAAAGCGAUGAAGAUGAGGUAGCUGAAUCAUGUACUGCUUCAGGUGAUGCUUCAUUGCCAAAAAUCACGAUUCCCGAAUUCUUAGCUAGCCCUAGCAGUAAAAACUUUUUGGAAUUAGGCACCAAUAAAACGAAAUUAUUCACAGAAUACAUUGAGAAAUCAGAACCUGAAGAUUUUAUCAAAAAUGCCCUCGUUGUUUUACUCACAAUUUCAAAUUUAUGCGAAAAUAAUCAAGACGCUGUGAAGAGUCAAGCUACUGCAGUAGCUGUCGAGUUAUACUCCUAUAUUUAUGAUUGGGCAUCUAGAAAUGAUAGGGUAUCAUUAAUCACCAAUGCGAUUCUCGUUCAGUUACGUCUGCUAAAGGCUGAAGAAAAAAGUUCCUUAAUUGAAUGUAAUGAAAAUUCUUGCCUUUAUGCGUUGCAAAAAGCAAUAGAACAGAGUAGCAGUAUUCCUGUUUCUAGCAAAGACAUGUUCAGUAUAUUUUUGCAGCGAAAGAAAAAUCAUUCUUAGUUUUAAUUCAUAGAAUAAUUUUUUCCACGAUCUAUUUUCACGUAAUGCCAAUUUUUUUUUAAAAUAGUCGAGUUUACCGCUCGUAUUUCAACCUGUGGUUUUUAUAUUGUAUGUACAUUUGUAACAGAUGAACGAAAAAGAAAAUGAUUCUUUAGUUUUAAUUAUUUCUGAGAAAUACCUAAACAUGUUUAAGAAUUUUUAAAUAACUGUUGAAGAAAAUAUUUAUGUUGUGUUUAAGAAACCACUGUUAAUAAAAAACCUUAAAAAUUCA